AGGCUAGUCCAAAGUUCCAAGAUGGCGGUGCGGGUUGGGCAGGCUGCGGCCCGGGCCGGGGCCCCUCCGUUCUGCCUGGGCCUGUGCUGCGGCGAUCCGCAAGACAUCGAGCAAAGACAGCGGUCCAAGCAGAUCGACAAGAUGCUGGCCAAGGAGAAGGUCCAUCUACGCAGACAAGUCAAGAUAUUGCUGUUAGGAGCCGGCGAGAGCGGCAAGUCCACCUUCCUCAAGCAGAUGCGAAUCAUCCACGGGAAAGAUUUCGACGUGGAGGCGCUGAAAGAGUACAGACCCACGGUGUAUAACAACAUCGUGAAGGGGAUGAAAGUGCUCGUGGACGCUCAGAGAAAGUUGGGUAUCAAGAUGAAGGAGCCAAGCAACGAGGUGUACUGCGACCAGGUCAUGAAAUUCGAAGGAACGAUCAAGAUAGACACUGCCCUGUUUUUGGAGUACUGCCCCGCUAUCAGGGCGCUGUGGUCCGAUGCGGGGAUUCAGGAGGCGUGGGACAGACGGAGAGAAUUCCAACUGGGUGACUCAGUGAAAUACUUCAUGGAAAAUGUGGACAGAAUAUCCAGUGUGGAGUACAUUCCAAGCAAGCAAGACGUCCUGUACGCGAGAAAGGCCACCAAAGGCAUUGUGGAACAUGAAUUUGACAUUAAAGGCAUCCCCUUCCUCAUGGUGGACGUGGGAGGUCAGAGGUCGCAGCGCCAGAAGUGGUUCCAGUGCUUCGAGUCGGUCACGUCCAUCCUGUUCCUGGUGUCGUCCAGCGAGUUCGACCAAGUCCUGAUGGAAGACCGGAAAACGAACCGCCUGGUGGAGUCCCUCAACAUCUUCGAGACGAUAGUGAAUAAUAAGACUUUCACGGAGGUGUCCAUCAUCCUGUUCCUCAACAAGACGGACUUGUUGCAAGACAAGGUCAAGUACGUGAGCGUCAAGGAUUACUUCGCCGAGUUCCCGGACUCCUCGGACCCGCACAAUCUGACGGACGUGCAAAACUUUAUCCUGAACCUGUUCGACGCUAAGAGGCGGGAGCGGAACAAGCCGCUGUUCCACCACUUCACCACGGCCGUCGACACGGAGAACAUCAAGUUCGUCUUUCACGCCGUCAAGGACACCAUCCUCCAGGACAAUCUUAAGCAGCUCAUGUUGCAGUAACCAUGGCGACCGGUUGCCAUUAGCAACAGGCGCUCCUGCUGCUUCCUUCGUGGCAACUCGAUUCCUGUGUGGACGAACGUCCUGGUCUUUGGAGUUCUCGUGCUAUAGUAAGGUUUCCCAGAUUUAAGAUGUAAGAAUAAGCACCAAUGCCAUUGGUUAAUGUCCAUCAUUCAGAGAUAGUGUGGCCGCCGUGCCUUCGAUGACGUGUCUUAAAAGUGUUGAAGACAAAUUUAAGAAGUCUUACAAGUAAUGAUGACCAACCGUUUUCUACCAAGGGUUUGAUUAGAAGGUCUCUCUACAAUGCUAAUUAAUUGUCCAAAACUUACAGCACCUUGAAUGAAUGAAAACAGUGUCACAUUUGGUAGUAAAUUCAUAAUUGUAAAUAUCAGUUGACGUGAUUUGAUAAAAACAAGUCACUGGUCUAUUCCAUUGGAUUGGGCAAAUUUGCAGAUUGGUUCUUAACAAAUUACAUGACAUGUGAUCAUUUCUGGUUGCCCAUUUUGUGUGCUAAACUUGAUGAUUCUGGCUUUUGAAAAGGACUGGAUAAUCAAGCAAUAUUACUGUGGUUUGGCAGCUACAAAAAGGGUGAGCAUAGGCCAGUGGUUUUGAAACUCUCUACUUAUUCCUUGUUUCCAAACUCCUUAGCUUUUUUCACCCCAAAUGCCUAUUAUAUAUACAUCUUGUAUCGUAACUGAAACAUCUACAGUGUCCAUGAAAAAUCGGUAAACUUCUAUCUGUCACUAUUUUAUAAACUUCGCUUUCAUGACAAGAAAUUUCUGAUCAGAGAAUGUACCAGGUCUUUUAUACUUCACAUAAAAACUAAGGCAUUUAUUGUGUAAUCGGUGCAUGUUUUUUGCCAGUGGUCUCUUGGUCAGUACACUUUGAUACUGUGUAAAAGGCAUUUUUGAUGUAACCAACACAAAACAGAUUUGUUCAAUGUCACCAGAUGCUAACUACAUUGUAUAACAGUGAACACAAAAUAGGAUGAAUUAAUAUCAUUAUCUACAGUAAUAGAAGAUGACUGCUCUAAAGAUAUCCUCAGAAAUUGUUAGUCUUAUUGUCAAUUAUCAGAUCGGUUGACUCCAAAUUGAACCAAAUUUCAAAAUACAACUGUACUGUAACUGAAGGUUUUGACAAAUUUCAGAGAAAGAAUUCAUUGUGGCUUUUUAACACAGAAUUUUGAAAACCAGAGCAUAUCCCUGUCUUGUUACUAUAACCAAAUCUUUUUGAAUGACCUAAAAUCCUUUUUUUAAUCAAAACAAAAUGCUCAGAAGUAUGUCAGUACAAAAUAACUGUUGAGGCUUAAACUGUAAUAACUGACACGUAGAAAUUUGACUGUUUGAUUCCAGAUUUUCUACCCUUUUUGCUGCUGUAUAGUCCGACACGUUACUGACUAAUUACUUAGGCUACAGUAGCUGUUUUGAUGGGUUAACCAGUGCGUAAGAUGACAGGGAAACUCGCAUGUGUAAUAAUAACUGACCCAAAUCCUCAUGAUUGUAUUUCUUAAUUAUAAGGUAGAUGUUUUGGAUAUGAAAGCAAUGGUUACUAUUGUACAUAUGUAAUGUAAAAAUCAUCAAAAUAAUUAACCUCCAAGACUGAAACAUUGGAAGCCAUGACUUUAAGUAUAUUUUCCACAAUUAUUUUCAUCUUGUAUUUUGUUUUUUCAUGAAGAUAUAUUGUAUACUCAUCACAUUAUUAACAAUUCUUACAUGUUAUGCUGUUGAGUAAGGUUUCUGUAGGGCCACACCAAUUUAAUUGGUUGUUUCUCAGAUUCGCCUGUACAUUUUUUUCU